AUGGGCAACCUGCCGUCGCUAUCCAAUUCCGUCGCGGAAAACGUGAAAUUUCUCGAAAAAGAGUCAUGGAUCUCGAGAAUUAUUGUGAAACUCCGUCAACUUCGACAAGCGAUUCGCCUCAAAAUCGCCGAAAUCUUUGAAAAACCGACUGUGGAGCCGAUGUCGCCGCCGCCGCCGGAUAAUCUGAUCGUGAUGGCUCGCGACGAAUUCGAAGUGUACCAGGAGAACAUCCGAAACUAUAUUGAUCGGGAAACAAGAAUGGUAUAUUUGAUUUGUGUUGUAAACAUUAUUUUGGCUUGUAUCAUUUGUAAACUUUUGCUGUGCUGA